AUGGCGCCACCGCUAACUCCUGACCGUCAAAGUCAAUCCAGCUGGACCUCAACAGAGCCUACCAGUCCUCAGACCUCUUGGUUGCUAUCAGCCAGUGGUCGCAAAAGUCAGGCCGAUACUCCUUGUACGCGGUUCUCUCUUGCCAGCACGAUCUUAUCCGGCGCUGAAGCACUGAUCAGAAGACCCACCGCUGAAGUUAAUGAUCCCACCGUCCGGCCGCCCGUCAAUCUCAAACGCAAGACCUCGUUCUCGCCAUGGUCAUUACUCCAAUCCGCCAAAGGUCGAAAUACUAGUACUCCGAGCCGGGGCCCUCCAGUUGUCCUCGGGGAGCAGCCCAAAUCGAGAACAGGCUUACGAUGGUGGUCACCCAACCGAUCUGUACUGGACAACAACAAACCUCGCAAACGAAUCAGUCCACCUGUCCCUCCUCGACCGGAUGCUCUCCAGACUCCGAUGUUUCUCGAGCCACAACCCGCGGCGUGGCGCAAGACCACCGGUGGCGGCGCGAAAAACGAAGGAGCACAGGUUCACCAACCGGUUUCGUCGUCGAGAGCAGGAUGCCCGGCUUCAGUCGGCAAGUCCUUUGGUGAGCUAGAUCCAGACAAAGAUCGGGGAGACUUUUCUCGAGCCCAUCAAGACGGCUGGGACAAUGUGAUACCGAAACAGUGGGUGGAAGACCAGUUCAGCGUUACGCUCUCCGAAACGAACGAGGAGCGCAGCGUUUACAGUCAAGACAACGGCGAGGAGGAGGCGAAGAAAAGCAUGACCUCUCGGCUUACGCCGGUGAUUAAUGACCAUGGGUUUCUUGCAGGCGAAAUGACUUUGUUCGAGCCGGUGACGGAGAUCGUGCGCGACGCCCAUCUAGAUGCACAACGUCGUCUUGACCGACGCGGGAGAUUCCCGGAGGCCGGGCAACUUCAGACGAAGGGUACUCCACGGUGGCCGUUUGACGCAUCUAUACCGCCGGAAUCAGCAACAUUGACGUCCACUUUGACGUGCUCGCCUGUUCAGCACUGGCUGCCCUCCCUUCGACCUCCUUCGAACAUUCAUCCCUCAGCCCCAGCAGUGUGUGACGGUGAAGCCAUCGUCGAGGCCAGGAACUGUUCCGGCUCGGACCUACAGCAACAUGGCGGCAACAACAACCCGGGUCUUCAUUACGCGAGUGAACAGACGUCGACGUCCUCGUCCUACGCUACUCCACAAUAUCCCUCGACACGGAGUAUUCAGCACAUGGCCAUUCCGACCACGAUGCCGUCGUGCAAAUCUGGGACCACGACCCUAACGCCACAACCUCUAAACGUCCACUCACUACACCUACCACGAGCACCUACAACAUCCACCGUCACCAUCCCGGAGGAAGGUACAUCUCUCUCGCACGACACUCCGGCUCACGCAUCGCCAGGAAACCAACAGCCGCGGACGGUACCGCCAAUACCGGUAGAUUCCUCGUCCUCAUGGUCUACAAUCCUGUGCACCGAUACCGACAGCAGCAACGACGAUGACGACCCCAGCAAAGUUAGUUUGUCUCGAAAACCAAUCUCAAAUACCAACCCCCUGCCGACGAACCGACCAAGCGACAAAAACAAGCCCCUCCCCCUUCUUCCGGACGAGCCGACCACCACUCCAGAUGGACCAGAAGCAGAAGAACCACCAGCACAAGAGCCAGAACCAGAACCGAAACACAAGUUGAUCCAAAUCCAGAGGACCUGGGACUCCCUCAACGAUACUAUUGACCAGAUUCUGGACCUAUACCACAGCCCCGGCCACGGCCAUAGCCAUAGCCACCACAUUACCAAUGACGAAAGUCACGAGCACCACCAAAGCACCACCACCAUGCCGCCCAGUUCCUCUUUUUCUUCUUGCUCUUCUUCAACUACCACGACGAGUUGGACCUCGACCCCGACAUUGACCUCAACGGCGACUCUCCACCCAGGGCCCCUUGAACCGUCCAGCCGGGCACUCCACACGCCCGACACGGAUGUGACUUUCAUGAUCGCGUCUGCGAGAUCGGCCGCUACACGUACACUACACUCCUACUCGGAAUCCGCCGCCUACAUCACCUUGUUCCACACCUAUCAUCUCCAUUAG